AUGAUAUUCAAAAGUUUUGGUGUGGCGUUGGUCGUUGCUCUGGCAAUUGCGUCAGAAGUUCACACCGUCACCCAUACCAAUUACAUCUAUCCUCCUGGGUUCAAAGAACAAAUCGAUGCCAUCAUGAAGAACAACCCUUCAAAUGAAACCGCCGGGAUCCAGGUGAAGUUCGUGUACGAGGACACCCGAACUAUGCACGACCUGGCCACCUCCACCACACCCGCUGAACCAACAUAUGCUGAACCAAAUACAUACGUGCCUCCUUACGGAUCUCCACAGCUGCAGGCAUUUGAACCUACCCCAGAACUUCCCUCGACGACUCAAGCUCCUUGGUGGCAGAAUUGGAACUGGUUUGCUUCUCUGUCGGGAUCUACGCCAGUCGCACCGUUGCCAACUUUGUCAACGGUUGAACCCGUCUACAGCCCUUCGCAGGAACCGACAACGGGGGUCCCUAAUCCUUCUGAUGUGGAUUCUCCCACACUGAAAACCGUCGCAGACUUCAAGUUUGAAACCGUUUCAACUUCUUUGCCUCCUGAAAUACUGUCUAAUGCACCGCUACCUUCUACAAUCAUUGAGACUGACACCAAAACGCAAGUGAAUGGGCACACUGAGUAUUCUACGACCACAACCACUGCUCCGAUUCAACUGAAGUUCACCGAGAAGGUGAAGGAGUCAUCGCAACUGGUUGUUACCGAAUCUCUGCAACCUGCACCGGUAACUCAACGGAAGAAAGUGACUACUACUAAGGACGAAACAGCGACUGAAGUUGUUACCAAGACUACACGCCCCGUUACCUACGUUACGUCACAGAAGGUCACUGUUCGUACCAAAGCAGACGUGGUGCUGGUGGAGACCGUUACUAAUGAUGGCGUGGUGUCCACCUUCGAGCUGACUGUCGCUGAAACCGUUAUGGCAACUAACUGGAUCACCUACACCACCACGGCAACUGAGGGAAUCGAGAUGACGACCGAAAACGUGAUCACUUCGACGAAGGACGCUAAGACUAUCAACGAGACUUCGACAAUCACCCAAAAUCGGAUCUCUACAGCUCCGCCUAAGACAUCUUACCAGACUCACCUGAUAAUAUUUACCACUGCUGUUACUACGACGUCAACAUUGUUCUCGGCCACUACCGUUCCAACCACGACUUAUGUCGAGCCUUCGGAGACUCAUGUCAUCACGGUCACGCAAGAAAAUCCGUUAGUGACUCAGCCUGUGGUUACCUCUACCAUUGACAAAACCAUUGCCACUGAUACCUUCACGAAGAACGUUACUGUUACCCAAGCAAGCCAGGUAUUAUCUUUGACUACAAAGGGCUCUAACACUACUAAGCUGACUACUACGGAAUACCAAAAUACAACACUUACCUUGGGUUCGACCACCUUGAGCACCCGUGUGGCCAUUCUCAAUGCGACUGACGCGCUGUCUGCUUAUGAAACGACGUUGCCUGUGAUCGAUAGCUCCAGGGUCGGAAAUGAUCUGAACGUGUUGUCUGAGCCGUCAGAGACACCUCACUUCGUGACCACUCUGAUUCCCGUCAAUAUUACUGUCUCGAGGUAUUCCAAUGAGUCUGAUCUGGCUACUUCCAUUUCAACAUCAUAUAGCUUGACGACUUCGUUGGUGCAAGUGGAGUCCCUGGAGGAGCUGUCUGCAAGCAUUCUGAUUGCUGGUGAACCGUCUCUGUCUACCAGUGAGCUGUCGUCAACUGUCAUUGCUCAACACUCUUCGUUGGUACUGCUGUCUUUAAGCCUGUCACUGCUGCAGCUCAUAUCGACUUCACCAAGCGAAAGCGCCAAUUCCCCGGUAAAUAACGGUUACUCGGGUGAUUUAUUUGCAGCUGCCAUCGACACCGCCGACCCCCCUAGCGUGUUUUUCAGAGACGAGCUUCCUCUUGGUGUGCCUGUGGGUGUUGACAAUGGUGAUGCCCCAUUCCAAACCAAUAAGUUCUAUUCCAAUUUGUUUUUGGGACAACAAACUGACAUGGUGUUUUCGUGGCCGUACGGCUUGUUUUGGCGGAAGACUGACUACUACGGGUUUGGCAUUCAACACAAUGACCCUCUGAAGCAGGUGUUCGGAACUGGUAACAGCAAUAAUGCAGACACCCCUCUGUACUUUUAUAACCCGACGCAACAAGGUGAGCUUCUUUUCGCGGCUACUUCAUUCAGCGAGAACAAAAACAACAUGAGGGUGAAGAAUCAGCGGAUGAUGUCUGUAACGGUUGAAUUGGCUGCUGAUGCUGCGGACGAGACAAACUUCAUUGAGAUCCCUGUGGUUCAGGGUAUGGGUUUUGUCACCGCUAUCUACCAUGGUCUGUUAACUGCGUUGGUUAACUCAGUCAUUGGCGUUGAAACCUUCACCAGGGAAACUUCAGACGUCUUACCGAACAACGUCCAAAAGUACCGUGCUCUGUUGUUUACUGGUGUUGAUUGGUUGAUUUACGUCACCUUGCCCAAUGGUGUCUCCGACUUUGAGUUGACGGCUCUGGACCCCUAUAACCUCAAGGCUCUGGGCCUGGUUGAUGGCUUGAUCAUCCAAAUUGCCAAAGCUCCUACCGACUCAGGCUCGAAGCGCGAUGGUACAAAGGCUGAUGCUUACUUCGAUCAAGCUGCAGGAAUGUACGUGGAUGGUUGUGAUCUUGGUGGGUCUGUUAACGGCGCCUCAGCUACCUACUCCUUUGACUACUCCGUUAAGGGUGAAUCGCAGCUGCAAGCUCCUCUCGUGUUUGUGUUGCCCCAUCACGUUGCCUCGCUUCUGGGUGAAACGAGAAACUACGUCACCAGCUUGCAGUUAGCUCUGAGCACUAAAGGCAUGAUGACCGGUUUCUUGACUCCUCAAAUCAUAAUGCUGGAGUCGCUCAAUAGCGAGCUUGGGUUUUUGCCACAAGUUCAAGGUCAAUUGACUUACAGCCCUGACCAAUUGCUGCUUUUGGCCUCGGUUGCUAACGAAGAAAUUGCUGCGGAUAUUCCUGGUACCGUUCAAGGUAUGGGUUCCAACUACUUUUCGGGUAAGGUCUUGGACAAGUAUGCGUACAUUUUGUUGGUAAUUUCCGAUGUUUUGAAGGACGAUGAUGUUGCAAAAGCUACUCUUGAACAAGUCAAGAAAGCGUUCGAUCAGUUCCUCAACAACAAGCAAACCUACCCUUUGAUGUAUGACACUCGGUACAAGGGAGUUACCUCAUCUUCUGCCCAGGAAGGUGACACUGGUGCAGACUUUGGCUCCUCGUACUACAACGACCACCACUUCCACUAUGGUUACUUUGUGCACGCUGCUGCUAUCGUUGGUUACAUCGACAAGAAGUACGGAGGGUCCUGGGCUGAUGACAAUAAGGAAUGGGUUAACUCAUUAAUCAGAGAUGUGGCCAACCCACUGGACUCUGAUACAUUCUACCCACAAUUCCGGUCGUUUGACUGGUUUUCGGGUCAUUCGUGGGCUGCUGGCUUGUUCGCUUCCGGCGAUGGGAAGAAUCAAGAAUCUUCAUCUGAAGAUUACAACUUUUCCUACGGCAUGAAACUUUGGGGUCAAGUGAUUGGCGAUGGUGCUAUGGAAGCUCGGGGAGAUUUGAUGCUCGCCGUUACGAAGCGGUCGAUGAACGAUUACAUCUACUUUUCCGAUGGCAAUGACAUUGUUCCUACGGAAUACCAACCUAACCGGGUGGCAGGUAUUAUUUUCGAAAACAAAAUGGCGUACACCACAUUUUUCGGUGCCCCUGAUAAGAAUCCCGAAUACGUUCAUGGGAUUCACAUGAUCCCUUUGACUCCAGUGUCGCUGAUGAUCAGGGGAUCCACUUUCGUUGAACAGGAGUGGGAUAGCCAAAUUUCGACGUUCCUCGACAAUGUUGAUCUGGGCUGGACGGGUAUUUUGCGCCUCAACCAAGCGCUCUUCGAUCCCAAGUCUGCUUAUGAGUUUUUCUCCGACUCCAAUUGGAAUCCAAACCACUUGGAUAAUGGUAUGUCUCGCACUUGGUCGUUGGCAUUAUCGGCAGGGCUUGCCAACGCCGCAUGA